AUGGCUAGCUUCCAGACCCAAUCGUUCGAAGAGAUCGACCCCGCCGGCGAUCUCAUCCUCAACAUCGUAGAAUACGACUACGCAACAUACAACGCCAAUGGCGGACACCCACCACUCCGCACAGCAUGCUUCAAAGUCUCCCGCCAGACCCUGCUCGACGUCGCCGGCAACGAUUACUGGAAGCGGCUUCUGAACGGCAGUUUCCAAGAAGCCAACAGCAACGAAGUCACGCUCAAAGACGACAGUGUUGCAAGCAUGGAGCUCUGGCUGCGUGUCUUCCACGGCACCUUGGUUGAAGACUCGUACCUCAUACCCGUCGAGCAGAUCUGGCACGCGAUCGAGUUGAGCCGCAAGUAUCUGUUCCAUCUGGAGAAGCUGAAUGCGUGGUUCGAGACGUAUUGGACGAAGUUGGACAAGAAGAGUCUCGAGACGGAUGAUUUGAGGGCGCUGUUGUUUCCGUGUCAGGCGCUCGAACAUGCUGGCGCUUUUGCGUAUGUUACGAAGCGACUGGCUAACGAGGUAGCGAUUCACAUUGAGGAGCUCAAUCCCACACGCUUUCGUCAUCUUCGUUGCGAAGGACGGGUUAUCCAACAACUGAAUGCUGUACGGGGAAGCAUGAGAGGCAAGAUCAUCGCUGGUCUCUUCGAACCACUCAACGAUUUCUGCCGUCUCAAAUGCGAUGUGCACGAGAAGUGCAUCGCAGCGUAUCUCGAAGGCGUCAAGAGAACGGAAAUCUGGCCACUCCAACACCAGCACCACAAGUCGAACAAGGAUGUGACUGACAGCAUCGGCUUUCUCCACUGGAAAUGCUCGAUUCCAAAAGGCGCAUGCUAUCUCUGCCAAAACCAGCUUAGCGGAGCGAAUAUCAGGAAGACGAGGAGUGACCUUAUGAGUUACUGGGAGGGUUUGUGUCUCGACUGCAUGGAUAUCUCGCAGCCAAAGACAGGAGACUCUGACACUGAUUACUGGCUGCACAAUCGUUUGCGCAUUUGGGGUUCGAGGUGUAGGUUGAGCCAUACGCGAAACACCUGGUAUUUCUCCUUCAUGGGCCGGCCAGAAGUUAUGACAAAAUUCCAGCAGGAGCAACAGGCAAGAAAGAAGGCUGAGCGAUAUCAUUCUGAUCAAGACACUGAAUAG